AUGAACAUAACUGAUGAAGAAAGACAACGAAGGAGAAGAGAAAAGUUUUCAAAUGCUACAACAUUAAAGAUUAAAAAUGAUUUACUAAAAGAUACCUCCUUAUUAAGUCGGACCACAACAGAUUCAAAUUCAAAUAUAAAUUCAUUAAUUAAUGAUCCCAUGACAAGAUUAAACUACUUAGAUCAAUUGGAAGGACUUUCUAACAGCCACAAUGGUACUGAUACCACCAUUUCACUUGAGCAUGGGUUACGGAAAUUACGUGAAGUCAUCAUCAAGAUCUAUUAUGAAAAUUAUAAAGAUGGAAAUUUCGUUACAUUUGUGAAAAAAGUAUAUUUCCUAAGUUAUAAGUAUUUCAUUUCUUCUUGCAAGAUCAAUGAGUUGGGAGGUACCAUUUUAAGCUUUCUAUACGAGCAUCGUUACGAAUUAGAUGUCCCAAAGGAAUAUAUCGAUGUUUAUCACUUCUAUACAUCUCAUUUCCAAAAGAAUUUAGGCAAAUUCAUGCAAGAAAUAGCGUUUAACCCAAACAGCAGCUUAGUGGGUAAUGAUAGGAUAAUAAUGCGAAUGGCAUUAACAUAUGUGAAGUAUAGUAGCUGCCCCAGUUUCUGGUUCCAAUCGUUAGAAAGUUAUUCUGAGGAUUCUUUAGUUUAUGAAUUCCUAACUACAUCUGGAAUAAAAAAAAAUAUGCAAAUACGUUGUAUUGAUUUAGCAAGUAAAUGCUAUAAUCAGCUUUCUCUUGAUUUUUUCAAAGAACGAUGGUUAGGUAAUACUGUUUUGGAUCCAGUGGGCCUUAGACAAUUAAACGAUAUUUAUCUACUUGAAACUAGAAAUAAUGGUCAUCAAACAAUAAUAUUCAGAAAGAAGAAUGCAACUCCCAAGGCUAAACAACGAAUUCAUAAUGGGAUUGAUAAAUGUUGA